GGGCCAUUCAUCGCCUCUCACCCGACCAAGUCCCCGUGACUCGGCGAACCUUAGAAACAACUUGCACUCACAGGUCGUCUGAGCGACUCACCCCCGUACCGGAAGCUGUCGUAUAUCAAGUCGCUGUUUCCUCCUCCCCAUGCUGGAGUUCCUUCAUAGUGCGCGAUCCGCUUGCCAGAAACAAACACAAUCUCCCCAACGUCAUCCCUAGCGACGCUUUGUUCAUGCGCGCCAUUGUUGUAUCGAGCUCCGAGUCGCCGCUUACCUGGACUCGACCGGUUUCGCCAAAAUGAACUGCAACAUCUGUCAAAGACCUCACAGCCCGCAGCGGCUGCCAUUUCUGUGUGCCGUUGACGCUCGCAAUCACUGCUAUGAAGGUCGCCUCAAGAACCUGCAGGCGUUGAUGGAGAAUGAGAGUCUUCAGAAACAGAUCAAUGACCUGCUUGCUCAAGACACAACAGCGGGUGCGCCCAACCCGGUUGUCGUUCUUGAAGACUCUGUCUCCCAACAGAAGAUGACCGAGGAUCGAACGGACCAAAUCAUCGCCCAGGCCGAUAAGCUGAGGGAUGAGGUCGCCGCUGCCAGGAAGGAGAUUGCCGAUCGCAAGGCUGCCAUUUCUCGCCGAAAGUCGGAUCUUGCAUCUGCAUCGAGUGGCAUCACUGCUCGGAGAACCAGACAGCUCGAGGAGGCCGAGCGCUCCAUCUCGGUCGCCAAGUACAAAUGGGGUCGCAAUGCUGACCAAAUGUCGACCACCCGAUCCUUUCUCUGCAAGGAAGCCGCGAAACUCUACGGUCUUCGCCGCUUCAAGAAGGGCUCCUCGUCUCGAUACGAGUUCAAAAUCGGUGGCGUUGAUGUGAUUGACCUUUCAUCUAUGAAUGCGACAUCGCCUGAAGUCUUGUCGACCUCCCUGGCCAACAUUGCUCAUAUUCUGGCGCUAACGUCUCAUUAUCUCACUAUCCGGCUUCCCGCAGAAAUCACGUUGCCCCAUCGUGAUUACCCGCGGCCCACCAUUUUCAACCUCGCCUCGUCAUACCAACACGGCGAUGUUCCGUUUCCCGGCACUUCAACCAUCCCCAGCUUUGCUUCGGAUGAGCGCGAUAGCCAGCCGCACUACGUCCCUCGUCCGCGGCCACUGUUUGUCGACAAGGCUUUGCCCAUUCUAGCCAAGGAAGAUCCCGCUACCUAUUCCCUUUUUUUGGAGGGUGUGACGUUGUUGGCAUAUGACAUCGCCUGGGCAUGCAGCACUCAGGGGGUCUUCGUGGGGGAUCGCAACUCAUUCGAGGACGUUUGCCACAUGGGUCGCAAUCUGUAUAAUUUGCUCAUCGGCCAACAAUUACACAGUAACCAUACUGGUCGACUUUACCCCCCGACAACUCCAUCGCCCGCGGCGAAGCACGAAACACCCGACCAGGAAGAGCUUGGCAGGCCUUCGUCUUGGGUGGGACGGUACUCACAUGGCACAGCUUAUGCGUUUCUUGGCAGUGCGGAGGGAUCCGAAUUCGUUCGCAGUUUCAAGCUUCCCAGCCCCCUGAAACUUGCCGAUAAGCUCAAGAAGAAGCUUGUCAGUGAGGUUGCCGUUCCGGAAUGGGAGGUUCUAGAGGAUGAUGCGUGGGCUAUUGACGAUGGCGAAGGUCAGAUGGCUCGGGCUGGUGGUGGUGGUGGUACAAAUGGCUGGACAAAAGUGAAAACCAGGUAAACCAAACGUAAAGUCAUGACUGUACUUGAAAUGGCCAUUUCAUUGCUCUCUGUGAGCUUCAAUCCUCGCCUCCUCUAAUGGUGAUGUGAGUGGGUGUUGGUGUUCUUUUUCAGUUUUUCUGAUUUUCCAAGCCUUUUUUUUCGUGUCUUGUCUUUUCUGGG